CAGGGGGGUCACCUUUCCUUACCCCCAGGUGCUUCUGGACACGGUGACCUUACUGGGGCUGGGUUCAGCUGCUUGGACCUGGGGCUGGAGGGUGCUCGGAGGUGGCCAUGGCCUGGCCCUGCAGGCUGGCACCAAAACAAAGAUGAGUUUCAACUGGGGGAAUUCCAAUCCAUCACCAGGGAUCAGGAACCUCUAAGCGAUGAUUACAGUGUUAUGAAAUAGAGGCAAACAGACGCACCUCUGCUUGCCCUUGCCAUGCAUCCCUGGGGCAGGGGAUGAUUACUGGAAUGUGGGGUUGGCACCUGGCGUGUCCUACCCCAUGACUUCGGCAUUGGGUCCUCCGAUGGGCACGGGCCCUUCUCCCUUGUGCCAUGUUGGGUGUCACCUUGUCCCUGCCCAGGCCUUGGCUCUGGUGGCUCCACCUGGUGUAGGUCUUGUGGUGCUCAAUGCUCCUCUGCAACUGUGGAUUUUUUGCUUUCUUCCUUGGAAGAAAGGAGAAAAGCAUACCAGGAAGUGGUAAGGAAGCGUCCUAAAGGAUCACGGAGAAAUUCCUACAAAGCGAAGUGGAAAAAUCCAGGAAAACAAUAGGGAAAUCUUGAAAAGGUACAGUAAAAUGACCCGGAGGGUGAUGGGGAAGUUUCCUGUGAGGCAAUGUGGGAAUUCUUCUAGAGAGCAGUAAGGGGAAUUCCACAAAAACCAAGGGGCAAAUAUCCUGAAAUAUCCUGGGAAUCUGUGGGGGAACUUUGCAGACAGCAGUGGUUGAUGUUCAUAGAAAGUAAUGGGGGAGCUAACCAUGAAACGUCCUUGAAACCAAUGGGGGGAUUGCUGGAGUGCAAAUAGGGGAAAUACCUGGCAAGCAGAGGAGAAAUCUCCAUGAAAGAAACAGUGGUGUUUCCUCAGCAGUGAAGGAGACAUUUCCUGGAAGUUGACCAGUCCUUUAAAGCAACAGAAGUAUCAUAGGAAACAAUACGAGGAAAAAGUCCAGGGAAACAACAAGGACAUCUCUUUGAAACAAACCUGGAGCGUAAAGUGGAAAGUCCCUCGAACACAACAGGUGGAUCUGCAGGAAAGCCUUCCCCUCUCUAUAAGAGCCCAGCCCUGGGGUGGCUCCGUCCCAUCGUAGCGCACUGCUGUGCGGAGGCUGCGGAGCCAUGGCAGCGCUGCAUAGUGAGGGGGACACCCAGAAGCUGCGCUUUGGGCCCUGGCUGCUGGAUGCCGUCAGCAGUGGGCUGUACCAGGGCCUCUGCUGGAUCAACCCGGCCCGCCGUGUCUUCCGCAUCCCCUGGAAGCACAAUGCCAGGAAGGACGUCACCAGCAGCGAUGUCGAGAUCUUCAAGGCCUGGGCGAAGGCCAGCGGAAGGUACGAGGAGAGCUCUGAGGAUCCAGCCAAAUGGAAGACCAACUUCCGCUGCGCCCUGAGGAGCACCCACAUGUUCAUGCUGCUGGAGGACCGCUCCAAGUGCAACGAUGACCCACACAAGGUCUAUGCAGUUGAUCCAGCCGUCCCCAGUGACAGAGGUUUUGGGGGCCCUGUGAUGGACACCCAGCUGCAGCAGCCGCAGCUGUUGCUCAACCACCAUGAUGUGGCCUCAGAAACCACCCCCACAGACAGUGCAGAUGGUGCUGCUGCACCAGCCCUGACGCAGGAGGAUUUGGACAUCCUGCAGUCAGUACUGCAGCACUGCAACAUCUCUGCCCUUGCCCCCCAGCCUGCCCCCUGGGCAAAUGGAGGGGAUGCCUUGCCCGGGGAUGCUCUGCUCCUUCCUGGCCCAGGCAGCUGCCACCCUGUGCCACCGUUCCAAGAGUGGGGGCACCUGGAAGAUCAGGCCACCUGCAGCCUCCCAGAGCCCCUGCUGCUGGGGGACCAGCCCCUUCCAGGUGGGGGCUGCGGGCAGAAUGGGGCCGGGAACUUCGCUGCAAGGGAGGAAUGUGUCAUCCCUGCGCCAUCCCUGAGUAAUGAGCUGCUCUUCCAGCCUGCCAACCCUGCACCUCCACCCCCAGCAGGCGACACAGGAGAGCUGCCCCUCAUCCUGGAUAUCACCAUCUACUACCGAGGAAAGACAGUCCACCAGGAACUGGUGGGCGACAGCCCGUGCGUGCUGGCCUACCAGCCCCUGGACCCGGCGGUGGCCGAGCAGCGGCUGGUGCUUUUCCCUAGCCCUGCGGACCUGGCCGACCCUAGGCAGCGGCACUACACUGAGGACCUGCUGGGGGUGGUGGGGCUGCGGCUGGAGCAGCGGGCUGGCCAGCUCCUGGCCACUCGCCUGAAGAAGUGCAAGGUCUUCUGGGCCUUGUCACAGCAGCUUGAGGGUGGGGAACCCCCUACCAAUCUGCUCCAGCGGGAGAAGGAGACCACCAUCUUUGACUUCAAUGUGUUUUGCACAGAGCUCCGGGACUUCCGCGACAGGCGCAGGGAGCGCUCCCCCGAUUUCACCAUCUUCCUCUGCUUUGGGCAGAGCUUCUCCAGCAGGAGGCCCAAGGAGUCCAAGCUCAUCCUGGUGAAGCUGGUGCCCAAAUUCUGCGAGUACUGGUACGAGCAGGUGCAGCGGGAAGGAGCCUCCUCCCUCAACAGUGGCAAUGUCAGCCUGCAGCUCUCUGACUCCUUCAACCUCUUUGAGCUCAUCGAGCAGUACCACAUGCAGACAGACUAACACUCUGUUUGUCUGUUCCCUCCCUGGCCUCUGCUGUCUUGCAAAGAGCUUUCUGGCACUGUUGGGUGAGGAUGGGGCUGAUUUCACUGUUACAGAGGAGAAAAGAGCAGCAUUUGCAUCCACUCCCCCGGCACGUCUUGCAACCCUGCUCUGGCUACAGGUGCUGGCUGAGGGUCAACACACCAUGGGGGCAGCCAGCAGUAGGGCCGUGCCAACCAGCCCCAGCACGGGAGCUCUCCCCUCUUCCAAAAGUUGAUGCAAAAAGCUUGGUGGUUGGGAAAGCCUUUUCCUCUGACUGCACAGCACUUCAACCUCACAGCCCCAGCAUGGUGAAUAGUGGGAGUCCUUCCUCCUUCGCCCCAAGGACACUUCCUGCAGCCCUGGAGCUGGCAUGUGGCUUUUUUAACAGCUAUCCGGAGUUCUUGGGGAUUGUGGUUCUUCACACGUUUACUUUUCUGAAGUUUUGUAAGUUUAAAUAUAUAUGUAUAUAAAGUGCUUCCCCCUCCCA